AUGGAAGGGUCCCUCCAAUUCCUGGCCUGCUUGGCAUGUGUCCUCCAGAUGGGAUCACUUGUGAAAACUAGAAGAGACACUCUGGGGAAUGUGCUCAACACAGAGGCGCACAGCGCUCCAGCGCAGCGCUGGUCCAUGCAGGUGCCUGCGGAGGUGAGCGCGGAGGCGGGCGACGCGGCGAUGCUGCCCUGCACCUUCACGCACCCGCACCGCCACUACGACGGGCCGCUGACCGCCAUCUGGCGCGCGGGCGAGCCCUACGCCGGCCCGCAGGUGUUCCGGUGCACCGCGGCGCCCGGCAGCGAGCUGUGCCAGACGGCGCUGAGCCUGCACGGCCGCUUCCGCCUGCUGGGCAACCCGCGCCACAACGACCUGUCACUGCGCGUCGAGCGCCUUGCCCUGGCAGACAGUGGCCGCUACUUCUGCCGCGUGGAGUUCACCGGCGACGCCCACGACCGCUAUGAGAGUCGUCACGGGGUCCGGCUGCGCGUGACCGCCGCGCCGCGGAUCGUCAACAUCUCGGUGCUGCCCGGCCCCGCGCACGCCUUCCGCGCGCUCUGCACCGCCGAGGGGGAGCCCCCGCCUGCCCUUGCCUGGUCGGGCCCGGCCCUGGGCAACAGCUCGACCGCGGUGCGGGGCCAGAGUCAUGGCUACCAGGUGACCGCCGAGUUGCCCGCGCUGACCCGCGAUGGCCGCUACACGUGCACGGCGGCCAAUAGUCUGGGCCGCGCGGAGGCCAGCGUCUACCUGUUCCACUUCCACAGCGUCCCCGGAACCUCGACCCUGGCGCUCCUGCUGGGCGCUCUGGGCCUCAAGGCGCUGCUGCUGCUGGGUGUUCUGGGUGCGCGGGCCACCCGCCGCCGCUUAGAUCACCUGGUCACCCAGGACACCCCUCCAAGGUCUCAGGCUCAGGAGUCCAGUUACGAAAAUUUGAGCCAGGUGAAUCCUGCAGGCCACCAGCUGCCACGUGUUUGCUGUGGGGAACUCCUUAGCCAUCAUCAUCCAGUCAUUCACCAUGAGAAAUGAAGGACAGUACCAGGUUAGGCCUGUACAGCUCCUAAUUCCCAGGUUCCUUGGCAGCUGUGGAUUAGGCAAUGUCCGAGGGGCCCAGGACCCUGCUCACAGAGGCUCAGAGCCCUGUGGAAUUAUGCCAGUGGGACAGCAAUCUGGAUGUCUAUGUGUGCCCACAUGAGCAUCAGCAUGAAACUUCUGGAAAAACACCCCUUGUUUUUUCUUACUUAGAACUACAUAGUAAAGCAGACGGGAAACUAGCCAUAAGGUCUGGAGCUCCAGGCUCCAGCCCGCCCUGGCACCAACUUGCAUUUUGGACCAGGACGCUUCCUUCACCUCUCUGGGGCUGAGCUUCUCAUUCACUAGCCAGUCAGUCUGGAGCUAUGGAAACAAUAGUUCUGAAAGGGGCUGCAUAAACUACAACUCUGUCUCAGAGGUGGGCCUCCGGACAUGCAGAAUUCUCAGGUAAGCGUGGCACCGCCCAGCCUUGUGGAGGGCCCCAGAGAACAGCCUGGGGCUGGAGCUGUGCGAACCAGCCAGAGGAACGGUAAACCCUGAAAACUUGACAGCAGGAAGAGGCCUGGGACCCCCUGCCUCCUCUGAUCUCUACAGUGCUGGCCCAGCCCUCUGCCCACCAGUGAGCACAUCAGCUCUGAGCUGGGCCCCACAGAGAGAAGAGCGAAGACCCGCAGUCUCAAAGCAUCUGAAAGCCGUAUGUCAAGAACUGGGAGACCUGAAGGGGCCAGGGUCCCAGUGACUAAGGCAGCUGUAGCUCUGACCUCUCUCCACAGUGUACACCCUCCUAGGAUGUGCAAAAUCUAGGAGCACUGGCAAUUUCUCCCAACAUGCCCCAGCCCAGCCAGGCUGAUUUCAAGAACGGUGCUUUCCUUAUUUACACUUUGGUGUACAAUUGUUGAUCCCAUUAAAGAAGGAGAGAGGUGUACUUGAAACCAAGUAACCUAUGAGACAGAA